AUGGCCAGAGCUCCAUGGAUUGAAUAUAAUAUAAGCAACAUUGACUUUGAUAGCCGACAAUCUCCUCGCCUCUUCUCAUCACACCUACCUUACUAUCUUAUGCCAAAAGAUCUCAGGUUCAAGAGAGCAAAAAUUAUCUAUGUGAGCAGAAAUCCAAAAGAUGUCUUGAUAUCAUUUUAUCACUUCUAUAAAUUAUAUAUCCAUUUACACAUCACGUUACAGUGGGAAACCUUCUUGGACCUAUUCAUAUCUGGGAGAGUGAUUGGCGGGUCAUGGUUUGAUCAUCUUAGAGGCUGGUACACCCACAAAGAGGAUUACAAUAUUCUUUUUAUGACUUAUGAGGAGAUGAAAAAAGAUCUUAGAUCAGCUGUGAUUAAAAUAUGCAACUUUGUGGAUAUCAAGCUUGAUGACCAAGCAGUAGAUACAGUUGUGGAAAAAGCAUCAUUCAGAACAAUGAAACAAGAUCCUCUUGCUAAUUAUGAAUUCUUGCUAAAUAAUGUCUUGGACUUUGAAAAAGGAGACUUUAUUCGCAAAGGCACUGUUGGUGACUGGAAAAACCAAAUGACAGUGGCACAGAGUGAGAAGUUUGACUUGGUUUAUAAGGAGAAGAUGAAGGGUCUACCUCUCAAGUUCUUCUGGGACAUCGAUGAUGAAGAAGCAAGCAUGUUAGAAUGA